AUGCUGGCCAAGAUUGCGGGGGCUGGCGAUCUUGUAGCACUGGAGGCGUUGUACCACAAUAGAUGCAGAGCAAAGUACAUUAACAGAGUUAAGAGAGUCACUUCAUUGGAUAAAACAGGCUCGGAUCGUGCUCGAGCUCACGGUAUUGCUCUUGCUGGCUUGAUUGCCAACAUGAAAACGGCAAAGGAAGUCAGUGAUGAAAUGCCCGUUUUCAAAAUGGCGCACCUAGCUCGAGAGUAUUCAGAACGAUUAGCAGAGAUGGAUCAACCAACUUUAGAUGUUCAUUCUACUCGGCUGAGAGAACGUCUGUUAGAAGAAUGUCCAGAGCUUGAACAUGUUGGGACUCAAGGUCCUGAAAAGUCAGAAUCGUUGCUGGGUUUUCAUGCUUUUACCGGCUGCGACACAGUGUCCUAUUUUGAAGGAAUCGGAAAACUCACAGCCGUAAACGCUUGGCUGAAAUAUCCUGGAGCAACAGAUGGAUUUAAAGCUCUUCAAGACGAGACAGUUGUUCAGGCUAUGGGCAAUUUAGAAGUAUUUGUUGUUUCAACCUACACCAGGACUGCGUCUUGCAAGACUGUGAACGAGUGCCGGAGAGUGUUGUUCACAAAGAGCGACCGUCAGCUGGAAUCCAUUCCACCAACAAGAGACGCUCUGGAGCAACACGCUAAGAGAGCUUUCAUUCAGAGUCAAGUGUGGAGACAAUCUCUGGAGCGUGAACAAAACUUUCUUGACCCAGCGGACUUUGGCUGGAAAAAAUGUGAAGAGGGUUGGGAACCUGUGUGGCGCACGAUUCCUGUUGCAUCUGGAGCUUGUGAGGCACUAAUUAAAUGUUCCUGUCGAAAGGAGUGCGUACCGGCCCGCUGCAAAUGCCUGAAAAACGGUCUCAAAUGUUGCGGGCUGUGCAAGUGUACCUGCCAACUCUGUACCCCAUAA